UGCCGACUGCCGACUGCCGAGCCGCCGAGGCACGAAAGAGCGAGGGAAGUGGCGAAAUAAUGCUAUCUACAAUCCAGCCAUCUCGUGCUGUUCCUCGCAUCCCUCUCCGUUUCCCUUGUAAAACCAUAACAACUCAGUCCCAUAGAAAAUUCUCAUUCAAGCCUCUGUCUUCAUCUUCUUCGUCCUCACAAUCUCAAUCUCAAAUAGACCAAUCCCCACCUCCACAAUCCCAAAUCCUGAACAUCCGCAAUGGUCUUCUUUCCCGGCAGUUCACCGCCACCCAACUGGCCGAGUCCUACCUCAACCGCCUCCGCCUUACUGAACCCCUUCUCCACUCUUUCCUUCAUGUCUCCUCCUCAGUCUUGAGACAGGCCCAGGAGGUUGAUUUGAAGAUUCAGAGGAAUGAGCAUCUGGGUCCCCUCGCUGGCGUCCUCAUUGGUGUCAAGGACAACAUCUGUACCUCUGACAUGCUUUCCACCGCUGGUUCCGGCAUCUUGCGAAAUUAUCAGCCCCCAUUCGAUGCUACUGCUGUGAAAAGAAUCAGGGACUUGGGUGGGAUUGUGGUUGGAAAGACUAAUAUGGACGAAUUUGGAAUGGGCAGCACCACUGAAGCUUCUGCCUUUCAGGUGACUGCAAAUCCGUGGGAUAUUACUCGGGUGCCUGGAGGAUCUUCCGGAGGCUCUGCAGCUGCCGUUUCUGCUAGACAGUGUGUUGUUUCACUGGGUAGUGAUACUGGUGGAAGUGUAAGACAACCUGCAUCCUUUUGUGGCGUUGUUGGUCUCAAACCCACAUACGGACGUGUCUCUAGAUUUGGUCUUAUGGCAUACGCCUCCUCCCUCGAUGUCAUUGGAUGCUUUGGUUCCUCAGUGGCUGAUGUUGGGAGUCUUCUCCACACAAUUUCUGGCCAUGAUAGACUUGAUUCCACUAGUAGUAGGCGAGAGCUACCUGAUUUCACAUCUCAGUUCAUUGCUGCAAAUAAUAUGAACUCCCAACCAUUGAAGGGACUGAAGGUUGGAUUGAUCAGUGAAACUAUUGGUGAUGGUGUUGACACUCAGGUUAUAUCGGCGAUCCAAGGUGCUGCUUUACAUCUUGAAGAAUUAGGCUGCACAGUGACACAGGUGUCUUUACCAUCUUUCUCCCUUGGUUUACCUGCCUACUAUAUCCUUGCUACUUCUGAAUCAUCUUCCAACUUAUCACGCUAUGAUGGUGUCAGAUAUGGGAAGCAAGCUUCUGCUGAUGUGUUAAACGGGCUUUAUGGAGAUUCGAGGGCGGAAGGAUUUGGUCCUGAGGUUAAAAUGAGAAUUUUGAUGGGGACAUAUGCACUUUCAGCUGGUUAUUAUGAUGCAUACUACAAACGUGCUCAGCAGGUAAGGACCUUAAUUCAGAAAAGCUUUAAGGCAGCACUGGAUGAAAAUGACAUCUUGAUUUCGCCUGCUGCUCCAUCAGCUGCUUAUAAGAUUGGUGAAAAAAGAAAUGAUCCAUUGGCAAUGUAUGCAGGCGAUAUUAUGACGGUCAAUGUAAACUUGGCAGGGCUUCCAGCAUUGGUUGUGCCCUGUGCAUUUGUUGAAGGAGGACCUGCUGGUCUUCCAGUUGGUCUUCAAAUGAUCGGUUCAUCUUUUGACGAGGAAAAACUGCUCAGAGUGGGUCAUAUCUUUGAGCAGACUCUUCAAGGUUGCCGCUUUGUUCCGCCAUUAGUAGAAGAUAGUGUUGAUUGCUAGCAUCACUAGUUCCUUCAAAUUCAAAACCAGAUAUGUGAUUGUUUGUAGGACGUCCAAAAAUAGGACCAAUUAAUGUCAAGACUUCAUAUUAUUAGAUGCUGACCAGUUAAUAGGACGUCCAAAAAUAAAACUUGUUUAGAUGAGUGGUACAAUGAUCACAAAUA